AUGAACGGACUCGUCUGGGAACUUUUCCACCACCUGCCGCGCUUCAUGGAGUCCGAGAGCAAAACAUUCCAGCCGUGGAGGGACUACAUGGGCCUGUGCGACACCAUCAAGGCGAUCCAGACCCGGAGGAGUCCCGCAGAGACCCCCCCGCGGGAGCGCAGGCCCGCGCACGGUGAUCCCGGAGGACUGUGCGGGCCCCUGAUGUCUCUGCACAUCGCGCACGAAGACGCGCCUCACCCCGAUGACCGCCUGACCCCGCGCGACUCCCUGACUCCCCUGCGCUCACCUGGCCUCUCCGGUCCUCGCGAGUCGCUCGACGCAGACGCGCCAAAAGCAGCGCGGCCGAAGCCGGCCGCCGGUCCGCGGAAACCCAAGGAGCGCAGGAAGGGCAGAGCGCCGCCCGCCUCCCCGGAGCGCAUGUUCUGCAGCUUCUGCAAGCACAACGGCGAGUCCGAGCUGGUGUUCGGGUCCCACUGGCUCAAGAGCCAGACGGGACAGGUGCUCUGCCCCUACCUGCAGCAGUACGUCUGCCCGCUGUGUGGAGCCACGGGGGAGAGAGCGCACACCAAGCGCUUCUGCCCCAAAGUGGACCGUGCGUACAGCUCCGUGUACGCAAAGACCCGACGCUGA